AUGAAGGGGUGCUCGGAAGAAGGGGCUGAAGACUUAGAGUCGGCGACUCCUCAAGUGACCAGGGAAGGGGUGAUGUUCACGGCCCAGGAACUUGGCUAUGUCCAAAGCCUUGCGGACCCUUGCGUCUAUUUUCUUCAUGAUGACAACAAGACCGGCUGGGAUAAGCUAGUCGGCAUUGUGUCAGUUGCUACCGAUGACAUGCUUCAUGGUGGCGAUGAGACUCAUCAGGCCAAGAUGCAGCUGUUGAACCAGAAGUACAAACUCGGCAAAUUCCAGUAUGGUAGUGGCAGGUUCACGGGAAAACAGUUUACCCUCCAGGGAGAUGGUAGCAUCGUUGUGGAUCAGUUUCACUAUGUGUCUGAGAAGGUUCACAAGAUCCCCCUUAGCAGGAUUCGUGACAUUAUCAGCGCCAACCAACUGGCCUCGGAAGCCGAGAAGUUUCAAGUUGGUAUCCGUAUCUCCCCGAUACCGAUCACCAGGCUUCGGGUUAGCGCUGUUACGGAUGCGUCCUGGGGCAAUGCCGAGGGUGCUGGAUCAACCGAAGACUCGGGACGGGAUUUCUGGAUUGAGACUCAAGACCAUUGGAUUAGGAAACAUGUUCAACCCCGACGGACCUUGUUUCAUCCCGGGAUGGUUGAUAAUGGCCCCGACUUGCAUACGAUCGAGGCGUCCCGAACUACGUACUUCAACCAGGACAAUCAAGAAAGCAAGCAAGAGGUCACCUGGAACGGAAAUCAAGUCAGUUUGGUGGCUGGUUCGGCCUGGACCGGUCAGACUGUGUUUGUCAAAAGUAACAAGGGUCUUGAUCAUACUGAGAUUUCGGAGAAGUUUCUUCAGAAUCGGCGUACCAGUAGCCAGGGAGGACACUUGUUGAUUUUUCAUGAUCAGGAUUUGCAGUGUGAGCCGUCAGCUGCUGUGACCAUUUCCAGCUGGAAAAGCUACAAGCUUAAACGGAAGGUGGUGAAUACCUUGUCGGCCGAGUGUCAGGCCCUCGCCAGCGGCAUCGGAAAUGUUCAUUGGCACAGGUUCUUGCUUCUUGAAGCUCAAGGAGGCGAGUUCACCGAUCAGGACUGGGAAAGAUCGAUGACAAAAGAACGGCCAUAG